CAUGGCCGCCGUGGACUCGGAGCCGACGGAGCAGCAAAGAGCGGGGGAGGGGGAAAAAGGAAAAAGCCUCGGUUUUAGAUUUCGAGAGGCCAUGGCGCCGAGAGAGGUCCUUCAGUUCCAGUUCCACCACCACGAGUCGACGACCCUGAGCAGGAUGAACCAACUCCGCGCGGAGGAACGUUUCUGCGACGUGACCGUGGUGACGGGCCAGCUGCGGUUCGCGGGCCACCGCGUGGUGCUGGCCGCGUGCUCGCCGUUCCUGCGCGACCAGUUCCUGCUGCAGCCGUCGCCCGAGGUGCGCGUGCCGCUGAGCGAGGGCGCCGAGAUGCUCUCCCGCCUGCUGCUCUCGUGCUACACGGGCUCGCUCGACGUGCCCUGCGGCGAGGUGCUGAGCUACCUGACGGUGGCCAGCUACCUGCAGAUGGACCACGUGGUGGAGGAGUGCAGGCGCGCGCUCUCCACGUGCAUCGACCCCCGCAUCAAGCUCGAGGACGACAGGGUGACCGUUGGGCCUCGCGCUCGGGCCCAGGAGGCGCCCGAGACAACCGACGACGACGACGACGUUUACCUGGUCAUCGAGGUGGACGGCCCGGCGGCGGAACCUUCUCGAAGCCAACCCAGCGACCCCCGGCAGGAGGCCCGCCCCGAGCUCUCCGAGGCUGUCGAGGAGGAGGAGGACGGCUCUGUGCUGAUCGGUGGCAGGGGCUCCUCCUCCUCCUCCGAGGACAGCUCGGCGGCCGAGGAGAGCGGGGCCCCCCGUCCCGCCGGGCCGUGGGCAGCCCCCCUGGGCCGCCCCGCCUGCCCUCGGCCCAUUCACUGCAGCGUGUGCGCGCAGGCCUUCCAGCACCCGGAGCACCUGGUGGCCCACAUGAAGGCCCACAAGCUCUUCAUGUGCCCCAGAUGCGGCAAGGUGUUCCACCAGCGGGUCAACCUGGCCCGCCACGUCCAUGUGCACACCGGCAUCAAGCCCUACCUCUGCACCGUCUGCGGCCGCGCCUUCACCCAGAACCGAUCGCUCAAGGACCACAUGAACCUGCACAGCGGUGCCAGGCCUCACUGUUGCCACUACUGCCACAUGAGCUUCGCCCACAAGCCCGCCCUCCGCCGGCAUCUCAAAGAGCAGCACAGCAAAACCACGGCUGACAACUGUAGGUUGGCCCUGCUGCUUGGCAGGGCCAGCACCUGCGCAGAGCCAGUGUAGAGGGACCCUUAACUCUGUACAGACCUGUCAGGUCUCCCUCACUCUGAACCACCCUUGCUGUGCACAGACCCAUAAGGGUCUCCCUUGCUCUGCGCAGUCCCAUCAGAAUCUGCUUCACUCUGCACAGUCUCAUCAGGGUCUCCCUCGCUCUGCACAGUCUCAUCUGGGUCUCCCUCGCUCUGCACAGUCUCAUCAGGGUCUCCCUCGCUCUGCACAAUCCCAUCAGGGUCUCCUUCACUCUGCACAAUCCCAUCAGGGUCUCCUUCACUCUGCACAGUCCCAUCAGAGUCUCCCUCACUCUACACAGUCUCAUCAGGGUCACCUUCGGUCUGCAUAGUCCCAUUGGGACCUCCCUUGCUCUGUGCAGUCCCAUCGAUAUCUCCCUCACUAUUUACUGCUGUUGGGAUCUCCCUUGCUCAUGCUGUCAGGUUCUCCCUCACUGGGUCUGGUGUCUAGGGCUCUCUCUGCAGAUUCCCAUUGGUUUCGCACUUGCUCUGUGGUUUCCAUUGGUUUCUCCCUCACUGUGUGGUUCCCCAUUGGACUGUCCCUCACUUUGUGUCAGGGUCUUCAUCAUUGUGCAGGCUCCCUUAAUCUGUGGUCACCCACUGGGGCCUCCCAUCGGGGCUUCUGUCACUCUGAGUCUGGUGUUGGGCUUUCCCUCACUGUAGGGGCUACUCUCAAGUUCUCAUGCGUAGAAAGCAGAAGAUCAGAGAAAAACUCUCCUUUCUACCUCCUUCCACAAUCUUAGAAUAUGCCAAAGAGCUUUACAGCCAAUGUUGAAAUGUGGAAAAGCAGCAGACAAUUCUGUGCAUCACGUGAGAAUGAAUGGACCAUCUGUGUCUCAUAAUGGGAUAUUUUUGCCCAGGACACUGAGGAUAGGUCCCCUGCUCUUUAUUCUAAUCGUCGAACAUAGUGGAAUGAUGUGGUUUUGGCUUAACACCUCACGCAAAAGAUGGCAUGAGCUCCUACAAUGAUUGUCCUUAAAUGUAGAAUAGUGUUUCAAAGUUUAGAAGUUCUUCUGAAGAUACCUGUUACAGUGGGAGCUACUUAUGGAUGUGAAUU